CUCAACCAUAAAAUGGUUCCCAGAGGCAUUUGAAUUGACGUUAGGGAUUUUCUUAUAAAUAAUCUGGACGUCGGGUGUGGGCUUCACUCGACCCGUUAUCUUUAACCGAGUCACUCAGUCACACGCGGAGUGUUUUUUAUUUUUCUAAUUUCUAAUUUGUUUGACAGGUAAAUAAGGCAAAAUGUGUGACGACGAUGUUGCGGCCCUGGUGAUCGACAACGGAUCCGGCAUGUGUAAGGCCGGAUUCGCAGGGGACGACGCCCCCCGUGCCGUAUUUCCGUCCAUAGUGGGCCGUCCGAGGCACCAGGGUGUCAUGGUGGGCAUGGGUCAGAAGGACUCCUACGUAGGAGACGAGGCUCAGAGCAAAAGAGGUAUCCUCACUUUAAAAUACCCCAUCGAGCACGGGAUUAUCACCAACUGGGACGACAUGGAGAAGAUCUGGCAUCACACCUUCUAUAACGAGCUGCGUGUCGCCCCCGAGGAGCAUCCCAUACUGCUGACCGAGGCCCCUUUGAAUCCUAAGGCUAACAGAGAAAAAAUGACCCAAAUCAUGUUCGAGACGUUCAACACCCCGGCCAUGUACGUCGCCAUCCAGGCCGUGCUGUCUCUCUACGCCUCCGGUCGUACCACCGGUAUCGUCUUGGAUUCUGGAGAUGGUGUGUCCCAUACGGUACCCAUCUAUGAAGGUUACGCCCUCCCUCAUGCCAUUUUGCGUCUGGAUUUGGCCGGGCGCGAUUUGACUGACUACCUGAUGAAAAUCUUGACCGAGAGGGGCUACUCAUUCACCACCACGGCAGAACGUGAAAUCGUGCGAGAUAUCAAGGAAAAACUGUGCUACGUCGCCCUGGACUUUGAGCAAGAAAUGGCGACGGCAGCCAACUCCACCUCCCUGGAGAAGAGUUACGAACUACCCGAUGGUCAAGUGAUCACCAUUGGAAACGAAAGGUUCAGGUGCCCGGAGGCCUUAUUCCAACCCUCGUUCCUGGGUAUGGAAUCUUGCGGUAUCCACGAAACCGUUUACAAUUCGAUCAUGAAGUGCGACGUCGAUAUCAGGAAGGAUUUGUACGCCAACACCGUGUUGUCCGGAGGCACCACCAUGUACCCCGGUAUCGCCGAUCGUAUGCAAAAAGAAAUCACCGCCUUGGCUCCGUCAACCAUUAAAAUUAAAAUUAUCGCACCCCCCGAGAGGAAAUACUCCGUAUGGAUCGGUGGCUCGAUCCUGGCCUCCCUAUCCACCUUCCAGCAGAUGUGGAUCUCGAAGCAGGAAUACGACGAGUCCGGCCCGGGCAUCGUACACCGCAAAUGUUUCUAAAUUAUUCGGGUUUUUUUUCGUUUUAUUUAUUUUUACGGGGGAAAGACACCGGGAUGACGACGGUACUGCCUUAAAAGACUUUUGUAUUGAAUUUUUUUUAACGGUUAAUUUAACGAUAAUUUGUUAUCGGUUAGGGUCUUGAGACGUUUGAGAGAUCAUCUAGGUUAUACCAAAGUAUUUGUAUUUAAGGAUUUGUUCAAUAAAUAGUUUGUUUUUGCUAAAA